AUGGCAGAAGAUAUAUUGAGUAAAAAAGUAAACCAAUUACCUGGCUUGAUAAAGACAACAGAAAGAUCUUAUAAUAUCAAGAAAUUAAAAAGUAUAGUCAAAGCUCGAUUUAAUAACUAUGUGAUUUAG